AUGGACUCGUACUAUGGUGUUUUACAAGCUGGUUAUUUUGUUCACUUCCCAGUCGUCAUUUUACAAUUCAUUGUUAUCCUCGUUGCCAUUGGUAUGGCUAUUUUCAAAUCAGGUCCUGAAGAGACACCAGGACAAAGUGGAGUUAAACUUCAAAGUUAUGCUGCUCAUUCUCAACCACAACACCAACCAGCACAAGCUCAUGUAGCAGUUGCCCAACAACCACAAUACCAAUCCUACUCACAUUAUCCAGCUCAAGGAGCCCCUCAACCACAAUACAAUGCUUAUCCACAACAUCCACCAGUCUAUCCACAACAACAACACCAACAACCACAAUACAAUGCUUAUCCUCAACAACCACAAGCUCAACCACAAGCUCAGCCACAAGCUCAAGUUCAAGUUCAACCAACUCCCAAAUCAUCAGAGCCAGAACCUGAACCUGUACCACAAACCCACGUUUCAGUCGAUGUAAAUGUCGAGGAGGAAGGCACCAGCUCAAGUGACUCCUCAGAGGUAGAUGUUGACCAAGCCAUCAAAGAUAUUACUGCCGAUUUCUAA